CAACACUAGUAUGACCCAUUCGAUGGUCUACCAAAUGUUGGAUAAGCGGUGCAAACAGUGAAGAAGUAAAUAAAGGAAAAUGUUUCUCAGACACCUCACCCGUUUCUUAAAACCCUCAUCAUUAGCCAUAGUCACAGAUCCUGUCAACAAGAUCCCCUUCAAUACAUCAUGGUGCAGUCCGGUCGCAUUUCUAAAUUUUAGUAGGAACAGCUCGAGUGCGGUUCCCGCUCCGCUAGUCGACAAGCAAACGAUUGAAUCCGUGAACAAGCAACUGGCCACGAGAUCGGAGGGAAGAUUGUUCGCCGUCGUGCAGCUUGCGGGCAAACAGUUCAAAAUCACUGCCGGCGACAUCAUUGUGGUAGAAGGUUAUUGGCCGCCGGAGAACGGUGACCGUCUACGUCUGGAUAAGGUGCUGCUUGCUGGAAGCACAGACUUUUCCCUCAUCGGUCGACCAUUGCUUGCCCCAGGGCUAGUGGAUGUACAAGCUACUAUUAUCGAGAAAAGCCUUUCCCACACCCGCACCCACUUCCGCAAGAAGCGGCGAAAGCAGUACGUUCGAAUCAACUUCUACCGAACACAGCAAACGAUGAUUCGUAUCAAUUCCAUCGACAUUACGAGAAAAUUAGGUGAAGCUGGUCCACAAGAAUCUAGUGAAGAAAGGUUCUUUUAGUAGUGCAAUCAAUUCUUGGAUAUGUUCAUAGUUACUGAAAAUAAAUAAAAAAUAUACGAAUGAAUUUUAUUCACAUCUAGA